CAGUUCAAAUUCUUACGCUUUAUUUGUGCGACUGCAGUGAAUGUUUGCUGUGUACAGUAAAUGGCAAACUUUUUAUUUGUCUGUUUUUAAUUUAAAAAAAUACCACCAUGGUGUCUUUUUGGGGUAAGUUCCAGCUAAGACAGAGUGGCAAGCUCCUGUUUGGGAAUAACAACUUGGUUUGUACAAGAUGGCGCAGCACUGAAAAGCACAGAAGAAGGGUUGUAAUCACAGGCAUUGGUCUGGUGUGUCCUCUGGGCACAGGGACUGCUCUACCCUGGAGCCGUCUCAUUCUUGGAAAUAGUGGGAUUGUUGGUCUGGACUCCGAGGAGUACAAAGCUAUUCCCUGUAAAGUAGCAGCCUUGGUACCCAGGGGACAUGGAGAAGGUGACUUUGAUGAGGGAAUGUUUGCCUCCCCAGGAGAGAUGAAGAGCAUGUCACCAGCCACUGUCAUGGCACUUGGAGCUGCUCACCUUGCCCUGCAGGACUCCGGGUGGUACCCAAACAGCACAGAAGAGCAACUCAGCAGCGGUGUGGCUGUCGGCAUGGGCAUGGUGUCACUAGAUGAAAUUGCGUCCACCUCUGUUGCCUUCCAAGAAAGGGGUUACAAGAAAGUUAGCCCUUUCUUUGUGCCUCGUAUUCUUGUAAACAUGGCCGCCGGGCAUAUAAGUAUCAGACACAAAUUAAAGGGACCCAACCAUGCAGUGUCCACAGCCUGCACCACAGGUGCACAUGCCAUCGGCGAUGCUGCAAGGUUUAUUGCCCAUGGUGAUGCAGUUGCUAUGGUUACAGGAGGGACAGAAGCCUGUGUUGGACCUCUGGCAAUAGCUGGGUUUGCCAGGGCACGUGCCCUUGCCACCAAAUGGAACGAAGAACCCAAACUAGCGUCAAGACCCUUUCAUCCAGAGAGAGACGGCUUUGUGAUGGGCGAGGGAUCAGGUGUGCUCCUGCUGGAGGAACUGGACCAUGCAGUGAACAGGGGAGCCAGAAUCUAUGCCGAGGUGUUGGGAUAUGGACUCUCAGGGGACGCCAGCCACAUUACAACCCCCACUGCAGAUGGAGACGGGGCAUUUAGGUGCAUGUCGGCAGCCAUCAAAGAUGCUGGCGUUUCACCUGAAGACAUAACGUAUGUGAACGCCCACGCUACCUCCACUCCUUUGGGCGAUGCGGCUGAAAAUGUUGCCAUCAAGAGGCUCUUUGGCCAACAUGCGGGACGCUUGGCUGUGUCCUCCACCAAGGGAGCCACCGGACAUCUGCUGGGUGCCGCAGGAGCUCUGGAGGCAGCAUUCACUGCUCUCGCUUGCUAUCACCGUGUCCUGCCCCCCACCCUCAACCUGGACCACACCGAGCCGGAGUUCAACCUCAAUUACGUUCCCUGCGUAGCACAGCCAUGGCAGACUUCGGGCAGACGUGUUGCUCUCACUAACUCUUUUGGAUUUGGAGGAACCAACGCCACACUGUGUCUUGGCAGUGUGUAAAAAGUUAAAUCAAUAUGGCAUGUGUGUGCGAUAGAUACAUGCUAUUAAUAGAGCUCAUUGAGAUGUGUAUGCUGAGCAGCAUCUAAAGUAACAAAUUUACCAAUGUAAGCUUUUGUUUCUGUCUGUUGAUGUCACAUUUCAGAAGAAAAUCUGCUUCCUGCACGAAGAUAUGAAAGCAUAUGGGUUGGGGUUGUCCAAAGUGCGGCCCUGGUGCCAUUAAAUAAAAUAAAAAAAACUUCCAUUCGCGGGUCGCACUUUUGGGCACCCCUGCUAUCCUCAUUAGGAUGGCAGGUAAAACGGAAUAUACACAUAUAUACAAACAACCAUUCACAUUAAUAAUUCGUAAGAAGUGAAUUGUAAAUUAAAUAAUUUUUCUUAUUUAUUUACAGGGACAGUCCAAAUAAAUAAACAUUUUUAAUCUUUUUCA